CGGCUGCUUCAGUAGGAGACUAUCGGAUAGAGUCGUGGCACAGGUACUCAGGCAGCUAGUCGAUCCAGACUUGGCAAUGGCGUUUUUUCAAUGGGCUGGGAGCCAAGUCCACUACAACCAUGGAACUUUGAGCUACAACUAUCUCCUGGAGGUUGUGUGCCAAACACAUACACGUAUGGCUACCUCCUGCGAAGCUUGUGUCAAGCCCAGAGAUUCGAAGAAGCCCGCAGUGUUUUCCGAGGUAUGGCCGCACAGGGCUGCUCUCCAAACGUGUUCUCGUAUAGCAUUUUGAUCGCGGGGCUUUGUAGAGGGCAAAAGGUUGACGAGGCUGCCGAGCUCCUCAACGAGAUGAUCGAUGGUGGCCACCAGCCAAACGUUGUGACUUACGGGUCGCUUCUCAGCGGGCUGUGCAAGAUGGGGAAGCUCAAAGAGGCCGUGGAUCUUUUCUCGAGGAUGGUCUACCGGGGCUGUCCGCCAGAUGGUGUGGUUUACAACGUUCUCAUAGAUGGUUUCUCCAAGAAGGGUGACAUGGGUGAAGCGUACAGGCUCUUCGAGGAGAUGCUCGAGAAGGGGUGUAUACCCACGGUCUUCACGUACAACUCGCUGCUCAGUGGAUUCUCCAGGAAAGGCGAGUUUGGAAGGGUCCAGAGCUUGUUCAAGGACAUGCUUCGCCAGGGAUGCGUGCCAAACAUCUUCACCUUCAACAAUCUGCUGGAUGGCUUCUGCAAGAUGGGUGACAUGGUGGAGGCACACCGGCUGUUUCUAGAGAUGCGAAGCCUCGGCUGUCCUCCGGACGUGGUGAGCUACAACACUUUGAUGAGGGGGAUGUGCUCGAAAGGGAAGCCGCACGAAGCUCAGAGGCUGCUCAGGGAGAUGAUCAGGUCGGGUGUCGGCCCGGAUAUCGUCUCCUACAACAUUCUCAUCGAUGGAUAUUCAAAGUCUGGAGCUCUCGACCAUGCCAUCAAGCUGUUCUACGAGAUUCCAAAGUCCGGACUGGAGCCCGACGCAUUCAGCUACUCGACCAUCAUCGACUGUCUGUGUAGAGCUGGCAAAGUUGGAGCAGCCUUCGUGGUUUUCAAGGACAUGAUCGCGAACGGAAGCGCUCCAGAUGCCGCGGUGGUGAUACCGCUUGUCAUCGGGCUUUGCCGGGGCGAGAGAUUGACGGAGUCGUGCGAGCUGUUCCAGGCGAUGGUGAAGUUCGAGUGCGUGCCACUGAUCCCAGAGUACAACCUCCUCAUGUACAAGCUGUGCAAGGCCAAGCGCAGCGACGACGUUUGCGAGAUCUUUCACGAGCUCACGGAGCGAGGCUUCUCCCCCGACGUCGAGAUCUCCAAAGUCAUUCUCGAGACGCUGAGAAGGAGCGACGACAAAGAAGCCGCGGAAUGAGAAUCCUUGGACAAAGGCUGGCGAUACAUUCCACGAGCUAUACUUCAACCGGGAUCAUCCUCCAAAACCAAGGUACCUUUUUUUUUCUCUUUUGAUUUCGAGACUUAUUCCAUUUUUCAUCUCACAUUCUUAGACCAAGGUUUUUUUUUUCGAGUUUUUCAUCUCACAUUCUUUGCAAA